AUGUCAUCAGCGCUUCUUCGCACCACGCCCGUUGUGAGGGCCGGCCUGCGUGCCGCUAAGCCCAUGGCCAUGGCUAGCACAAGCUUCGUCCGUGGCAAGGCCACUCUGCCUGAUCUUCCCUACGAUUAUGCCGCUCUCGAGCCCUUCAUCUCCGGCCAGAUCAUGGAGCUCCAUCAUUCCAAGCACCACCAAACCUAUGUGAACAGCUUCAAUGCCGCCAGCGAGGUGCUUGCUGAGGCCCUUUCCACGAACGACACCAAAGCGGCCGCUGCUCAAGGUCCUCUUCUGAACUUCCACGGUGGUGGCCACGUUAACCACUCCCUUUUCUGGGAGAACCUGGCCCCCAAUGGAAAGGGCGGUGGUGGUGAGCCCGAGGGUAAACUUUUGACCGCCAUCAAUGAAGAUUUCGGGUCGUUCGAAAACUUGAAGAAGCAGACCAACGCGACUCUUGCUGGCAUCCAAGGCUCUGGCUGGGCCUGGCUCGUCAAAGACAAGACCUCGGGCACACUGUCUCUUGUUACUCGUGCCAACCAGGAUCCCGUCGUUGGCAACUUUGAGCCUCUCCUGGGUAUUGACGCCUGGGAGCAUGCUUACUACUUGCAGUACCAGAAUCGCAAGGCUGAGUAUUUCAGUGCCAUCUGGGAGGUCAUCAACUGGAGCACGGUUUCCAAGCGGUUUGAAAAAUGA